GUUCACUAUCUUCACGAAGAAACAUUAAAAAACAAUGGCUGUUUCUUGUUUAUCCCUCUCAAUAACUAAUUUAACUGUCACUCCACCCACAAAAUCUCUAAAGCAAUUACGCACACAAAAGUCGCUGAAUUCAACCCUAAAAUCUCUCUCCAAAUCAGGCAAACUGGACGAAGCUCUUCACCUUUUACUGGAAUCCCAUCAAUCCAGAACCCCUUUUGGACAACCUAAUCUAGAGUCCUACACCACGCUCUUACACGCCUGCAUUUCAAGAAAAUCUUUGAGCCAUGGUAGGAGGCUUUACCUUCAUCUUCUUCAAUCCGAGGAUGACACAGAUCUUCUGAAGAAUCCCACUUUAAGUUCCAAGUUUAUAACUCUUUUCUCAGUCUGUGGCCAGUUGGAUGAGGCACGUCGUGUAUUUCGAUAUGGAGUCGAGGAGAUGGAUCGUGUUCCUGAGUCGGUUUAUGUGGCAAUGGCAAUUGGGUUUUCCAAAAAUGGGAAUUUUAGGGAUGCUUUGCUUAUCUACUGGGUAAUGUUGUCCAAGGGUGUUGAGCCGGGGAAUUUUGCGUUUUCAGUUGCUCUCAGGGCUUGUUCAGGUAUCCCGGAUAUUCGGAAUGGUAAAGCUGUGCAUGCUCAAAUUAUAAAGGCACGUGAAGAACCUGACCAAGUGGUGUAUAAUGCUCUUUUGAGAUUGUACACCGAGUCCGGGAGUUUUGACGAAGUGCUAAAGUUGUUCGAUGAUAUGCCUGACCGAAAUGUUGCCACUUGGAACGCAUUGCUAGCUGGAUUUUUCAAAAACAAUCAGGUUGUUGAGGGUUUGCAAACAUUCCGGAAAAUGCAGAGAGAGAAAGUGGGGUAUAGUUGGGUUAGUUUGACUAUAAUCUUGGCUGUUUCCGCUCGCUUGACAGCACUCUAUAUUGGUAAAGAGGUGCAUGGGCAAAUUGUCAAAUCAGCAGAGUGCCCAGAUGUUCUUGUGCUGAAUUCACUUUUAGAUAUGUACGCCAAAUGUGGUUUAAUGGACUGUUGUAGGAAAGUGUUUGAUGGAAUGCCAUUCAAGGAUUUGACAUCAUGGAAUACUCUGAUCAAUGGUUAUGCAAUCAAUGGUUGGAUGUCAGAAGCUAUGACAGCAUUUGAGCAGAUGUCUGAGGCUGGAUUUAGGGCAGAUGAAGUGACCCUUAUCUCGUUGUUGUCCGGAUGUAGUCAUGCUGGCAUGACAAAUGAGGGUCGGAUCCUCUUUGAUAGAAUGAGGACAGAAUUUGGAAUUGAUCCUAAUUUGGAGCAUUAUGCUUGCUUAGUGGAUAUGUUAGGCAGGGCUGGGAGAAUUGAGGAGGCACUAAAGGUAGUGAAGAAAAUGCCUAUGGAGCCUAGUGGGAGCAUUUGGGGGUCAUUGCUUAAUUCUUGUAGGCUGCAUGGGUAUGUUUCACUUGCAGAGGUUAUAGCAAAACUGUUGUUUAAGAUUGAACCUAGCAAUCCAGGAAAUUACGUAAUGCUGUCAAAUAUAUAUGCAAAUGCAGGGAUGUGGGACAGAGUUAAAUUGGUGAGAGAACUCAUGGAGAGAAGGGGAAUCAAGAAGGAAGCUGGUUGCAGCUGGGUACAAAUUAGAGAUAGAGCACACGGUUUCGUGGCCGGUGGGGGUUUUGAAUUUCGUAACUCAGAUGAAUAUAGGAAAGUUUGGAAUGAAUUAACAAAAGAAAUGGAGAAAAGUGGAUAUACACCUGAUACAGGAGUUGUUCUUCAUGACAUUAACGAAGAAAUGAAGGUAGAGUGGGUGUGUGGUCACAGUGAAAGGCUCGCGACAAUAUUUGCACUGAUUCAUACUGGUUCUGGACUGCCAAUCAGAAUCACAAAGAAUCUUCGUGUUUGUACAGAUUGUCAUGCUUGGAUGAAGCAUGCAUCUAAAGUAAGCAAGAGAAAAAUUAUAUUAAGAGACACAAACCGGUUCCACCACUUCCAUGAAGGAAAAUGCUCUUGCAAUGACUAUUGGUGAUGGAACAAAUCAAAUUUGAACUACUUUAUUUACGA